AUGUAUACAAUAACAGUCAAACUACAACAGGUUGGAAACUACAAACUUGCGAACCCCCUAUCCCUUUUAUAUACGAAGAAUUUGAACCACCGAUGGCGCAAUCUCAAGGAGUUCUCGGGUGUGAAACUGUGGGUUCAAACCGCGCAAAGCAGUGACGAUAACGAUGUUAUUUCCCCUGUGAUUUGGGAGUAUUUGACUGCUCUUUGGGCUCAACAGGUUGUGGUGCCGGUGCAGGGAGAGAAAAAACCGAGUGUGCUUUUUUCCCUAGGGGAUUAUUUCGCCUUGCGGAGUGAAUCAAAGCAGAAGAAAGGAGUAGAUAUGGCCCACGAUGCUGCUAGUAGAGAAGUGAUGGAAGAUAACCCACCGUUGCCACCUGGCCCUCCCCCUGGUCCUCCCCCUGGUCCUCCCUCUACGGAAGCUGCUUCCAGCAGAAAGUCUACUCAAAGAGGCAAAAACAAACCAGCAAAUAGAAAGAGGGCCGAGAUUGAGCGUAAUCCACGACACCAGCAGGAGAAGAAGAAUGAGAAGAGGAAUGAGAAGAAGAAUGUGAACAAAAGUGCGAGCAAAGACGGUGAUGAUGGGUGGCAACACUAUUUCGAUCAGGUCACCGAAAGAUUCUUCUUCUACAACAAGUUCACAAAGGUUAGACAAUGGAUCAACCCAAGAGUGCCAUUAGAUGACCCGUGUAAUCGAAACCUUCCAACGUUCCAACCACCAGAUCUACCUGAUCCAGAGGAAGCUCAGGAUGAGUAUACAAAGACGCUAAACAGGUUGAAGGAGGAUCCAGAGUUCACCAAGUUAUCAACGUUUGAAAAGUACAAGAGAGUUGAGUCUUUGAAGAGAGAACUUGAAGGAAACAAUACAGAUGACGUUGUGUAUGAAAACCAAUCCAUUGACGAGGUAGAACCCUUUUCUGAAAUCGCAAACUUCCACGACACCAAGUCACAGAGUCAGUUUGCUAAGGAUUUAAAUAGUGCUAUACGGCAGGUUAACAGUAUUGAAGCACAGCAGACUAGACCAAAGCACAGAGUAACAAAGAAACAAGUUAAAGAGUAUAACAAUAAAAAGAGGGAACAGAAACAGAAAAGGCUGAUGCAAUGGUUAAAGAAUUGAAAUACAUAGUUCCUAGCACCACUACGCUAACUACAUAUCGCCAAUUGCUCAGAUAUACAUGAUCAACUACAACAGAGUGGAAAGGUUGUAGGACAUAAAUGCUCAUCGCGAGAAAACUAUAUAGUGAAGAAAAAAAAAUUUUUUUUGGGCUACACU